CAAUAUUCCGUUUCCGGCCUCAACGCCGGAAACGCUGGUCUCCGUUGGAAACGCGGCCUGGGUGAGCUAACCGACCAGGCCGGAGGUGACAGCCGGGAUUGGCCCUCGCGCUGGAAGAAGGAAAGGGUCGCAACUCGCGAGGGAGGAAAGAAAGGCAAAGAUGGGUCGUAGGAAGUCAAAGCGGAAGCCUCCACCCAAGAAGAAAAUGACAGGAACACUUGAGACCCAAUUCACAUGUCCUUUUUGUAAUCACGAGAAAUCCUGUGAUGUUAAAAUGGAAAGAGCUCGGAAUACUGGAGUGAUAUCCUGUACUGUAUGUCUGGAAGAAUUUCAGACCCCUAUCACUUAUCUUUCAGAACCAGUGGAUGUUUACAGUGAUUGGAUAGAUGCUUGUGAGGCAGCCAAUCAAUAACAACUUAAAAGGAACUUGUGGAAGUUAAUGUUUCUUUAUUCAAGGGUGGGGGUAUUUGUUUCACAAUGCAUUGGAGAUACAGCUGGAAUGACUAUGAAAUGGUGGUUUGUGCUCUUUUCUUCUAUUCAUUAACUUAUCUUUUUAUAUGAAUAUUGUGGAGUAUAAAGACUAAUGACUACCAAAAAAGACCUGCAAGUGUGGGAAAGAUCAGCUUUUAUUCAGGUUGAUGCUUGGGAUUUUUUUCUCUCACGAUUGAAAUAUGAGGUUCAGUGCAUCAGAUGCUGCUGUUCCAUUUUUGUUAAUUUAUUUUGGGCUUAUAGAGAAGGGCUUCCACACAAGCUUCUUUUCCAUUCUGUGAUGGUUCUUGGAAUUGUAUUCCAUGUUAAAUUGUGAAGUAUAGUCAGCAAGAAUAUAUGGAAUAUAAGAAAAAAUAGCCCUAUCCUGGUCCCAUGAUACAAGCUUUGUAUUUAUCUGUUGGAACAAUAAUCAUGAAGUCAACCUUUUUCUUAAUAACAUGUCUCCAGUUAGAAUGGCAGCAAGUUGCCUCUGUUUCAAAAAAAGUUGUGCGCAGGGCUCUUCUGUGGUGCUGGGCAUGGGAUUUUGAGAACUGUGUUAUGUAAUAAAGUAUAAUUCAGAGAA